AAAUUCUUUAAACGUCUAGCGGCAACAGGGCUGGCCAAUGCUAGGCGCAACGCAACGCAGUCUCGCCAACGCGCGGAGGCAAGAUUUUGAUGCGUCGCCUGCUGCAUCUCUCACACGGCUGACACACAUAUUUACUAUACGACGCAGCGCCUCCAACAUAUAUUAAUCCAAGAGUCGUACAAAAUUCAUCAGCCGGGCGCCCACACUGGGCCUGUCGCACACCGCCACCGACGCAUCACCCGCCGCGAUACAUUGGAAGCUUAGGCAUGAUUUCUACCUAAAGGCAACAAGCUUUUGAGCUGGUAGAAUGGGCCGACCUGAUGGUAUGCAUACCGCUUGAUGCUGACGGAAUAUCGAAAAUGCUCGCCGGGAUAACAGAUACCUUCCUUGGCGAGGUCCUCCGUGGCUGGAAUACACAAAAAAGCAUGGUCCUUGUCCCGGGCAUGAGCACCCAUAUGUGGACAAAUCCAAUGACGAAAAGACAACUACGAAAAAUACAACGCAAGUGGACUUGGAUCAGGCCAGUCACACCUAUCCUAUGGCACUUUGAAGGCGAGCCCAAUCCGAAGAGGGUCCUGAACUGGACUGGCUUCAACGAGGUGCUGGGCAUUAUCCAGAAUCAAGCCGAUCUCCUAGGCCUUGGACGAGACGUGGAAUUCGCAACCAGCAUUCCUACAAUACCGGAUUCAAGCGACACCAAGGUUAGAUCGAAAUUACCACCCGAGAUAUGGACGUUAAUCCUCGACUAUGCUGGUGACUGGGAACUUGCCAAGGCACUCGGAAUGUAUACGAACCUGCCAAUGCCUGGGCAAUGGACUUUGCAGCCGAGUGAUCCUCUUGAUCCGCUCAAAGUCUACGAACAUGAGCUAGAGUGGACAGUCCUCACCUGCAACUCGGCUGCGAUCUGUAAGAAGCUGUCGCAAUCACCCCCCAACUUUGUCGAUGUACCAGCGCUGGUUGUAAAACUUGUAAUCCGGUUUGCAUUGAUCGAAGUUCUUGCAUACAUGGAAGCGAACCGACCAGAUCUGUUCCGUGCCUUUGACGGAACGACUCUGCCAACCAAAGCCUCUGCGUUUUACCCCAGAACAGAUGUUCUAGACUAUUGGCUACAGAGCAAAUGGUUCAAGGACAAACACAUCUACGAUGCGGAAGCCGUCGACGUGGCCUCCAAGAAUGGUCAUGUGCGAGUACUAGAUUGGUGGUGGAGACGCUCAGGGCUACCGCUCCGAUAUACAGAAGCAGCCCUGGAACAGGCAAGCGGCAAGGGUCAUCUACUUGUUCUAGAAUGGUGGCGGGAUUCCGCUGCCCAGGAUGAAAGUGUCGUUUUGCGCCCUGGCCGCUCCUUAUUGUGGGCAACCCAGCAUGGCAAAGCAGAUGUUCUCCGCUGGUGGGAUGCAUCUGGCAUCCCCAUUGCGCAUGGCGAUGGUGUUGCCCGGAUGGCAAGCCGCUGGGGUCAUGUCUCUGUACUAGAAACUUGGAGACGGCUCAAGGGCGACAACAAACUGGUUUUUGACAGCGAAGUGCUUAUGAGUGCUACCGUACACCAGCAUGUUGAUGUGCUGGAGUGGUGGCGCCAAUUCGCUCACGGCGAACUAGAAGGCAUGGAUGGUCGUAAGCAACCCGUCGAAUUUAGGACGUUUGACAUUGAGGAGGCACUGGAGGACAGCAUAGGAGACCAAAGCCGGGUGCGGAAAUGGUGGGCCGCCAAUGGCCUCAACUUGGGCUUACGAAAUGAAGAGUGGCUAAAGUCACGAUAUUUGUGAAUAGCCCGUCUCAUGGGAAACUAGACGCGGCAAUGCACGAAGGACUGGCCGGUUACGGCAUGUAGCUAUAAUGGAUAUUAACGGCAUGGCGUUUGGAUGUUUGUUUGGGUUUCAUUUCGGAUAGAUACCUCAUUUUCAACAGCAAUAUCAACCCCCUUUUCCCUUGUGAGAUUGCGGUCGAAGUUUUUUAUCCAUGGUAGAACGUGGCCGUUGGAUCAAACGGGACGACACUAGUUUGAUUCAACGGGGCGGUGAAUCUCAGCCGUUGACCUCGUGUUCUGUUCUUUGCAGAAUAUUGAAAACAGGGCUAUCCGACAGGGCCAAUUACUAUUCCUAUAGCUCAGGUCUGCUAAAUUUGCAGCUGUGUAGUGGAGUCGUCGAUUGCCUGUUGUUGUAGAUAUCUCCGCGUUCAAGGUGCACGUAACUGAUUCGUGAUAUGCAUUCAAGGCUGCGUCAGAAAUUGCAUUGCAUGAUAGAACUGGUCUAAAAGAGUAAGUGAAAUCCCAAAUCGGCAGCUUUGCGUCUCUUCUACGGACGGAAAAGCUUAAUUCUCGCCCAAUAUUGUAAUCAUGCAGGUCUGGUGGAACAAUAAACAAGCACAAUCAGGGGCUUGGUAGGGUUUGCAGCGCCUCCGAUCCGCUUCGAUGCCAGAGGGAUGACGGCGCCAGCGACACAGACAAUACCUUUGUGUCUUUUCGGACUACAAACCAAAUCCCCGGGAUGGGUUGCUAUGACUGACGUUUGUCAUUUGUAGGUCGGCGUACUUCCCGACACAGAUCUGCGCCUGGAAAUGGGUUUGUUGUAGCUGAGCCAAAGAGCGACUCCAUAUUGUGUGCAACUUGUUCGUAAGACUGGCGCCACGGGGCUCGCUUCGCUGUGACGCUAUCGUGGUGACAUUGCCCCGGCCGAGGCGAACGAUUCGUCAAUGGCAUUUAA